UCGCCAUGACUUCCGAAGCGGACACGCUGUGGGAGGACCGCGACGUCCGCUUCGACAUCUCCUCGCAACAAAUGAAAAUGAGAGCAGGAGAAAUUCUCAUUGACUGUUUGGAUUCUAUUGAAGAUACCAAAGGAAACAAUGGAGACAAAGGCAGACUUUUGGUAACAAACCUACGGAUUAUUUGGCACUCGAUAGCACUGCCUAGAGUCAACCUCUCUGUUGGUUACAAUUGCUUCGUGAAUAUAACAACAAGAAUGGCUAACUCGAAAUUAAGAGGCCAGACAGAAGCACUUUAUAUAUUAACCAGAUGUAAUGCUACACGUUUUGAAUUCAUAUUUACCAACGUGGUUCCUGGGAGUCCCAGACUUUUUUCGUCAGUUAUUGCUGUGCACAGAGCAUAUGAAACAUCGAAAAUGUACCGUGAUCUUAAACUGAGAUGUGCGUUAAUUCAAAACAAGCAGUUAAGAUUGUUACCAAAGGAACAAGUAUACGACAAAAUAAAUGGAGUCUGGAAUUUAUCUAGCGAUCAGGGAAAUCUGGGUACCUUUUUCAUUACAAAUGUGAGAAUAGUUUGGCAUGCUAACAUGAAUGAUAGCUUUAAUGUCAGCAUACCAUUUCUACAAAUUCGCUCGGUAAGGAUCAGAGACUCAAGAUUUGGUUUGGCGCUUGUCAUUGAAAGCUCCCAGAUGACUGGAGGGUAUGUCCUUGGAUUUAAGAUCGACCCAGCUGAAAAACUGCAGGAAACGGCAAAGGAAAUAAGUACCCUGCAUAAAGUCUAUUCCAUGAAUCCUAUAUUUGGAGUAGAUUAUGAAAUGGAAGAGAAGCCUCAGCGACUGGAAGAUCUGACGGUGGAACAGGUACAGGAUGAUGUAGAGAUAGAGUCAGACGAGCAUACAGAUGCCUUUGUGGCUUAUUUUGCUGAUGGUAACAAGCAACAGGAUCGUGAACCAGUUUUUUCUGAAGAGCUGGGGCUUGCUAUAGAGAAAUUGAAGGAAGGAUUCACCCUGCAAGGACUAUGGGAAGUAAUGGGUUGACAGUAAUUUUAAUAAUAUGUAUAGUCUGUAAAAGUCAUAUCUCAGUACUUUUUAUGAAGCUUCUACUACC